AUGAUGCAGGUAUUAGUUGCUCUUAUGGUUAUUGGGAACAUCCGCUGUCAAGAUGGAUAUGCUGAUCAAAAUAAUAUCCACAUGCAUCAAAUAACCCCUAAUGAGAAACUGGUUGAAUCAAGUAAUAGUUACAGUACUAGUUUUGUACAAAAUAAUCCUGAUAGUGACUCAAUUAAUUCUAUAAAUGCGCAAUACCAAGGUAUUGAUGAUACGAACAAAAAUUCUGAUUAUAAUCGAGGAGAGCGAGGAAAGUCCAGGAAGAUCUAUCGAAUAAAGAAUCCUUUUCAACAACAAGAGGAAGAAGUUAUUACCAAACUACAAAACUCGUCACAAGACAGCCAAACUGGGGCUAGUAAUCAGUAUGCUAUGAUGCAGUACUCUUUACCACCUGAGCAAUUUCUACAACAGAUGCGAGCACAAAACCAGUAUCAUCAACAGCAGCAGCAAGUGUCUACUCCAAUUCCAACGUUUGAAUAUACAGCCACUCCUCAACCUCGUUAUCAGUACUCUACAAUUACACCAUCACAUUAUGACAACGGAAACCAACAAUAUACCCCAAUAUCAAUAACUGAAUCUAAAAAUUCUCCCCAAGUAUAUAAUCCUAAUACGAAUACUUAUCAGUAUAAUAAUAAUGCAUAUUCAUUCGGGAUAGAUGCCAUUCAAAGCACUCCUUCUUCGGUAAUUUUGUAUUUAUCCACAAGUUCACCAAACAAUCAAUAUGUUGGAACAACGUCUAGUAAUUAUGUUUCAAGUCCUUCGCCCAUUUAUCUGUCUAGUCCGGCGACUUUGCGGUCAUAUAUAUCUUCAACAUUAGCAAACACACAAACGGGAUUACCAAGCUAUCAUAGCAAUAUCAAUAGGCAAUCUUCAACAGUUGAAAAUAAUACAUUAAAUUAUGGAACAAACCAAAAAACACUAAAUAUGCAAGUUAAUCAUUACGAUAACUCGGGAAAUCGAGUUCAAUAUCCAAUGCAUAUGCAGCACCAGUAUCAAAAUGAAUUCCCACCUUCAACCCCUGUUCCAGCAUCUUCUCCUUAUCCUGAUUCUAGUCACAGUUCUUGGCAAAAUUCUAUGAAUUAUGGUUCAAGCAAUUUCCCCUAUUCAUUUCAAGAAUUCACGCAAACAAAUCAACAAAAUGUUCAAAAUAAACAACAAGAAACCCAACAAGAGCCUAAGCAAGAUUACCAAAAUAGUGAUACCCACCGUGUUGGCAGUAUGCCAUCAGCAAAUAAUUUAUUUUUAAGUUUUGCCCAACCCGACUAUCAAACGCUUGCCAAUAAUAAAAAUAAUGGUAAUGAUAAUGAGCAACAAAAUAGACAAGGUGAAAUGUACUCCCAUGGUGAUUAUGGAUGGAAAUUAGAUAGUAAAAAAUCGUUAAUAAAAUAUGAUACCUCUUCAUCAUCAGAAAAUUAUCCAAAACUUCAAAGUAACAAUUACGAAACAAAUAGCAGUUCUUUAAAUCCUACUAAUCGUUAUGUUGAUAAUGGUAAAACAUAUAGUAAUGAUCAAACGUCUGUAAUGAACCCAGGAAAGACAGACGACACACAAGAAUUUGUAAAAUUAGCUGCAAAAGCACAUGAAAAUAUGAAGAAACAACAACAAUCUUACUUGAAUAGUUUACCAUCUCAUACACAGUCGGUGCAAAAUGUUUUGUCAAACACGGAAAUGGGUAACUUUGUUUCCGGAAGUAAUAAUAAUCAAAAAGGUAUUUUAUACGAGAAUUCAAACUCCCGCUUUAAUGUUCAGCCUGAAAUGAUAUCGGAAUCUCCCUAUUAUUAUUCCAACACUAGAGAAAGUACGUUGGAUAGUAAAAUGAAACAGCCAUUCGAACAAAAUAAUGCAAUUCAAAAUCAAAUAAAGAAUGAUCCUUUAAACGAAAAUCCAAUUCCUGAGAUGCAAAUGAAAAUAAAUGCCGGCAUUGAAUUUAACAAAGGAUAUAAUUCAACAUAUAUUAAUAAAGAUAUUAAUGACCAAAACUUUAGGCACAAUAUUAAUCCUGUUACUCAAACUAGUUAUGAAAAUAAAAACAUAAUUAAUGGUUUUAAUUACCGAUCAAAACCUGGAGAUGUCUCACUAAGUGAGAGUUCAUAUCGGUUAGAACAUAAUUAUGAAAAUCCUAAACAAUCUGAGCUUUUGUAUAACUCAAAUAUUCCUUCUCAUAAGCAGCAUAUAAAUGACAACAUGGCACCUUUUCAUUACUUAACUCAAACAAAUUUGGAUAAUAUACAAUUUAAGAAUAACUUACAACAACAGGCUAUUCAAAAUCAAGGAAAUUCUGACAAUAUUAGCAGCUUAAAGCUUAACGACAUGCCAUAUCGGCUAACACAAGGUUUGAGUACAGGCAAUUUUCAACCACAAAAUCAUUUCAAUCACGGAAUUCUUUCUACGCCUAUACCUAUAGUACUCAAUCAAAAUGUUAAUUCCCACCAAAUAGAUGUAGCUGCAAGUAUUCUAAACAAUCUUAUGCGCAAUAAACCAGUUGAAAUGAUUUCUAAACCUAAUUAUGACCCUCAAAUUGCAAAUUUACUACCAUCAUUAAAUGGGUUUAAAAUAAGUAAUCCUUACAAUCUUGACCUUAAACUGGUGUCAGAACUUUUAAAGGGACGGACAACAUCAGACGAUAUAUAUACACCUAUUCGUAAUCAGUUCAAUCAACCAAAUCCUUAUAGGUGGGACGCAUCACAAUUACAACAACUUAUGUUGAAGAAUGAUAAUAUAGGAAGUUUAGCUGCUUUGAAUGAUGGUAUCAGUGGUCUAAAUAGUCCCUAUUUUGAGAUACAUAACAGAGACCGCUAUCCUUAUCCAGGUGUAAAAUAUUCAAGAAGCCAAGAGGAGGAAGAUGUUGUUGCUGUUCCAUCUCAUAAUCAUCCUAUUGGUGCCGUUAUUGAACAAGACGACUUGGAAAAUGAAGAUAGAGAAGUUAGUGAUACUGAUAUAAUAGAUUCAGGAAAUGAUCAGUUCUCUAUUGACAAUGAUGAAGACGAACCUAAAAUACAUCCAAAUUUAAAAAGUACUAACGACAGGUACAGGCAUUCGUUUAUGUUAAGCCGUCUUUUCCAUCAAAGAAGAAUGCCUAAAGUUGUAAUAGAAGAGCCAUAUCCUUUAUUAAAACCACCUCCUAUCCAAACAUCUAAAGGUAGAAUACGUAAUGGAAUUGAACAAAGCAAUCGGAAGCAACAUGUAAAUAAAGUUAAGCUGUCGCGAGGCUUAAAGCGUGGUGAGUCUUUAUUCGAAGAUAAAAAUUUUAAUAAAGAUUUAAAAUAA